UCGGAGGUGGCGAGCCCGUGCCUCGGUAUACGGCAUCGUUUGGAGGGAGAUAGGGGAAGAGGAGAGAGAGAGAGAGAGCAAGACGGAGAGGCUGCCACACCGAGUGUCCACCGAGUGUCUGUCUCCCUCGCGUUGCCAAUGAACAGUCCUCGCAUUCCUAUGUCUGCCAGUUGACACCCUGAACCAGAAGGGACGGGCUUCCACCGCUGCACGGAUUCAGGAGUCCUAUAGCGGGGCUGCGCGUUUUUUCAGCAGGAGCACCUGACAUUUCCUGUGGCAGAUUUACUUACUGGAUCAUGGCACAGACCAACAGUGGUGGGCAGGGGACCAAUGGGGUGGCGGAUGAGUCCCCCAACAUGAUAGUGUACAGAAAGAUGGAGGAGGUAAUAGCACGCAUGCAAGAUGAGAAAAAUGGCAUCCCCAUCCGAACGGUGAAAAGUUUUCUUACCAAGAUCCCCAGUGUUUUUUCAGGUGCUGAAAUUGUUCAGUGGAUGAUCAAGAAUCUGGACAUCGAAGAUCAAGUGGAGGCUCUUCACUUAGGAACUCUGAUGGCUGCACAUGGUUACUUCUUCCCCAUCUCAGACCACGUCCUCACUCUCAAAGACGAUGGCACUUUCUAUAGGUUUCAGACUCCAUACUUUUGGCCAUCAAACUGCUGGGAACCAGAAAACACAGACUAUGCUGUUUACCUCUGCAAAAGAACAAUGCAAAAUAAAGCACGUCUGGAGCUUGCAGACUAUGAAGCGGAGAGCUUAGCAAGGCUACAGAGAGCUUUCGCCCGGAAAUGGGAGUUCAUUUUUAUGCAAGCAGAAGCACAAGCAAAAGUGGACAAGAAAAGAGACAAAAUUGAGAGGAAAAUCCUCGACAGUCAGGAAAGAGCGUUCUGGGAUGUGCACAGACCAGUGCCUGGAUGUGUGAACACAACAGAAGUCGACAUAAAGAAGUCGUCCAGAAUGAAAAACCCCCACAAAACCAGAAAGUCUGUGUACGGGCUGCAGAACGACAUCCGCACCCACAGCCCGACCCACACCCCCGCCCCAGAGGCCAAGCAGCCCACAGAAGAGGAACUGCAGGAACAGAUCACCUUUUGGCAAUUGCAAUUAGACCGGCAUCGACUGAAAAUGUCCAAAGUGGCGGAGAGUUUACUGGCCUACACAGAGCAGUACGUCGAAUACGACCCGUUCCUCACGCCUUCAGAUCCGUCCAACCCCUGGAUCUCAGAUGACGCCACGCUCUGGGAGCUGGAAGCCAGUAAGGAGCCAGGCCAGCAGAGGGUGAAGAGGUGGGCUUUUGGCAUCGAUGAGGUCCUCAAAGAUCCUGUGGGGAGGGAGCAGUUCCUCAAGUUCCUGGAGUCUGAAUUCAGCUCAGAGAAUCUCAGGUUCUGGCUAGCGGUCCAGGAGCUAAAGAAACGUCCCAUCAGAGAGGUUCCAACCCGGGUCCAGGAGAUCUGGCAGGAGUUUCUGGCUCCCGGAGCGCCCAGUGCCAUCAACGUGGACUCCAAGAGCUACGCCAAAACCACCCAGAAUGUCAAAGAUCCCGGUCGCUACGCCUUCGAGGACGCACAGGAACAUAUCUACAAGUUGAUGAAGAGUGAUUCUUACAGUCGUUUCAUUCGUUCCAGUGCCUACCAGGAGUUAUUACAGGCCAAGAAGAAGAAAAGUAAGAACUUGUUCUGAAGGCUCUCGCUUCCAGCGCAGGGGAAACCACUAGCGUCCAAGAGGCUGACCAGUCGUGUGCCAUCAUGCUAAAAUCAAUGCCAUCCUUCUCUCUGGGACAUGGGGAGGGGGACCAUCCCAUCUCUUCUUCUUCAUCAUUGUCUGUCCAUCUGCUCUCGGCUCAGCUGGGCGACGAGUCGGGCCGUCUGUCCGUCUGUCGUCCACAGGAUGUUGCAUGUCCACGGAGAGGAAGCUCCUCCUUCUCUCCUCUUACAGUAACUGCUAUAUUUCCAGUAUUCCCACAGAGGAGGUACUACUGGACUUGUGAGGACACUGACAGACUGGCGAGAUGAAAAAAAAAAUUGUCAUUGAGAAAAAAGAAUAAAAAUCCAGUAUUCCUGUUCUUUCCAUCGUAAGUGCUGGAUUUGAGCCCCCUCUCUCACUUCCAGCUAAAACAAAUGAUGUCAGAGAGAAAAAAAAAUAAAGAUAAACACAAGGUAAAAAAAAUAAAAUGACAGCUUCAACUGAAAAAUCUAACCAAUGUCAUUGCUUUACAUGAUCUGAGGUCACAGAUACUUUGUCACGCUAUGGGAAGUGUUGUGCAGAAUGAAUAUACUAUAUAUAUAUAUAUAUAAAUAUAUACAUAUAUUAUUAUUAUGAUUAUGAUUAUUAUGAUUAUUUAUUGUGCAUUUAUUUUACUUUGCAUUAUUUUAUUGCACUACAAUAACUAGCACAUAUGGUUUCCAUUGCACUUGUAAAGUCACAUUCAAAAUCAAACAUAAAAUGCUGUCUCCUGUCUUAUGUAGAACAUAAUUCUUUGUUAUUCUCUCCUGCAUUUAUUUUUAUACCAUAUUUAAAGACACUUUUAAUUACUUGUAUUAUUAAAGUUGGCCCUCUAUCUGUUA